AAAGGAUGGAGCAUGAUUAUCCCAUACCAGUCUACGUUGUGGAAUCCUGUCCUCAAAAUAAGGCAGACUGGGACCUUAGAUCGAGGCAACUGAACUGCAGCAAUGAUGACACUAAAACUCACAGGUACCAUUGUGUACCAAACGGCCAGAAAACAGCGUUGCUGGAAUUUUGUUACGAUGUUAUCAGACCACUUGUACAGAAAGAUAAUUGUAUGGAACUCGCCCAAAGUGGGACCCUCAACCAACAUUGGUGCAAGAAUUUUCUCAGUGGCUGUCCAGAGAAAUACUAUUACAGUGAUGAGUCCUAUCUCUAUCCAAAUUGUUCAAGAAUCAAUCUAUAUGGAAAAUGUUAUGUUGCUGACCCUAGUUGUGAAUUUGCAAGCACUACGAUUGCUUCUGUCACUGAAACCAUCAUUUCAACGGGCAUGUCCCUUUCAGAAAACAUAAACUGCGCCCACCUGGAAUCAUCGCUUACCAUUGUCUCCACUAUUCUCAGUUUUCUUAUAGUAUUAUCUUGUCUUACAAAUAUAGUUAUUCUAAACCGAAAGAGAAUACCAGGACAAUCCACAAGUUGUUUAGAUCCAAAGGAUCUUCCUUGUUCACCAAGAAAGGAGGAUAUAGAAAAUGUACCUGCCGGAGAAAAUCCUAACGAUUCAAAAUACAUAUCCGUAAAGACGACGAAAGAAGACCAGAAAAAGAAGAAUGAAGAAACAACAAAAAGAGAAAAAUUAGCAGAAAAUGAACCCAUGCUACGAGAGCCUCCUUACCAUUCAGCCUCUGACGACAAAGAGGAGGACAUAGAAAAUGUACUUGUCGGAGAAAAUCCAAACGAUUUACAAUAUGUAUCUGUGACGACAAAGCAAGGCCAAGAUAAGAGGAAUGAGGAUGGUCUGGAUCUUAAUGGAAAAGGAUACAAGAAAAAGAUUGGUGCGAGUAUAGAACUGGGAACAACAAACUCCGGAUAUUGUUAUUCUUAUUAUGAGCAGUUUUGGAAAGAUCCUGUUGGAAGUAUCAUCUUAAAUAAAUGGUAUUCUUCAGAGCUUGAGACCUUGAGAACCGGCACAGAAAUUCUUUUAGAUAAAAACUUGAAUUGCAUAAACUUUGGAUAUGAAGCUGAAAACUCGUAUGCAGAAAGGGAUGCAGAGAACAUUCAAGAGGAAUACUACUUCUUUUCAAAAUUUAUUAAGGACCUCUCAAAAUAUUUUAGGAAGGAUAAAACAAGAUCAAAGCAUGUUCUUCAUGCUGUUAAUGCACAGAAGGAGUUUGAUGCCAUGGAUAUUGUGGCUAAAGCAAUAGAAUAUAUAAUGAAAGAGAUUUUCAACGACUUAAACAGUAGAGGCUAUAAAAAAGAAGACAUCAAUAUGCACUGGGUUCUUACUGUAUCAUCAUUGUGGAACAACAAAGGAAAACAAUUUUUGUGCGACUGUGCAACAAAGGCUGGUAUAAGUAGACAGGCACUUUUAAUUGUUACGGAAACCGAUGCAUUGGUGAUGUACAGUAGAUAUUCAGAAAUAUGGGGGUCAAACACUAAGGAUAUAUUAAAAUGUGGAACUAAAGUCAUGGUACUUGAUAUUGGAGGUAGUGUUAUGAAUGUAACAAUACAUGAGGCUGACUUUAAUGGAUCCCUCAAGUUUCUGAAGGCCUAUAAAUCCGUAGACUGUGGUGGAAACGAUGUUGAUAACAUGUUCAAGAAAUUGUUAAGCGUUAUCACAGGAGAACAGAAACUCGUAGAGUAUGAGAAGGAAUUCACAUCUGAUUAUCUCGAAAUGUUUAGGGCCUUUGAAAUAAGAAAAAGACAAGCUAGAUCGGGGAGACCACUAGUUAAUAUAAGGCUACCUUUAACUUUCAUGAACUUUUGUAAAAGGCACAAUAGGGACAUGAACAUAUAUCUUGAACAAAAAUUUGGAGAAUCUGUAAGAUGUUAUGGAGAUAAUCUCAAAAUCGAUAAAUCAGAAUUCGAAAAAUUAUUCGAAGAUACUGUAAAGAAACUUGUCAAUGAAGCUGAAUUUUUUUACAAAAAAGAAUCUGACACUAAAUUAAUAUUGAUGGUUGGAGGUUUUUCAAAUUUUUACUUACUACAAAAUAGGAUAGGUGACACAUUCUCUAACAAAUGCCGUAUUUUGUUUGAGGACAAUCCAGAAAUUGCUGUAUUGAGAGGAUCUGUGCUGUAUUCACACCAGCCGCACGUGUACCGAAUGAUCGAAAAAGAUGUAAUUGAGUGACCCUUGAGUCAUAUUUAAAUUCAACCAAAAAUGGAAACUCUUAUUAUUUUAGAAGUGUUUCAAUAUGCACAUAGACAGUGUUUGUUACAGCUCUGUGAACACUCCUCAUUUCCCACAACCAAAAUAGAAUUUAAUGAAAACAAACAGUGAUCAACCUCGAAAGUCAAUGUAAGGCAAACACAAACCUACCAGAACAUCAGAAGUGGAAUUAGGUGCCAUGAUGGAGUAAUCAUCCCAUAUCAACUGGUCAAGCCCGCCAUGUGCGCCCUGUCGUGAUCGGCCAAUUGUGGAAAAUACGUAAACGAUUCAGUAAAAUAACGGCCUAACAAUUUGUAUGAAAUUGUUGGUCAAUAUUUGCCUUAAUGAUUAGUAUUAAUUGUAUUUGCUGACAAGGACAAUGUAUUGACCAUAAAUUUGCAAAAUACUUAAUUUCAGAGAGACUCUAUUCUUAUUUCAUCAUUUUCUUUGUCGGUAACUCGCCCCAUUG